AUGGAGCUCUUGGACCUCCUGUACUUCGAGAAUCUGGCGGAAGGCGGCCUCAUUCAGCAAUUCGCUAGCGAAGGCAACCUUGAGGACCUUCACUAUCAACUUCCCAAGAGCCAACAUAUGACCGAAGCUCUUCAUCACAUCCACUCUCUCCUACCAGCGAUCGUUCACAGAGACAUCAAACCCGACAACAUCCUGGUCUUCCUGGCCGGCACCAGGCGCAAGCCACAUUACCUCCUGAAGCUCGCAGACUUCGGCAUCUCCAAAACUGUCGACGAUGACGAUGAUCCAAAACUUCCUUAUGAGCGAAUGUCCGGACGCGCUUUCGAGCCUUACAGAGCUCCCGAGACUGCAAAGGAACUUGGAGAUAUUCACACUAGAGGCUUCGAAAGCAGAGCAGACAUCUGGUCUCUCGGAGUCGUCCUGUUGGAAAUCCUCGAUACUGCUGUCAGCAACUUCAUGGUCGCACCCACUCGCUGCAACAUUCCCACGCAAGCUCUUCCUCUGAUCAAAGCCAUGCUGAUACAGGAUCCUUCGAAGCGUGCAUCGGCUGGAGAGUGUAAGAGACACCUCUGGUACAGAGAAGGAGCCAGCGCAGUUGUUCACAAGGUCGCUAGCGCCUCCCACGGAAAGGAUGGUCUUGGUGAGAGUAUGAAGCAUCUGAGCAUUGAGUAA